GCGCACACAAACGCAACAACCCCACAGAAGUGCCAGCAUCGGUCUGAGAGUGCAGUGCAGCAGCACUGACAUAUACCGUACACAUAUAUACACACGCACACCUUUUGUGUUGUGUCUGUGCAUACAGACAUAUAUGCCAGCAGCACCACCGCGCGAAUACAAGCUUUUUCGCGCGUGUGUGCAUGCGUAUGUGCAGUGUUAAAAUCCGCCAGAGCAGCUAUAUAGCACGAUACACACAUAUAACACUUUGUAUUAAACAGUCAGCCAGUCAGCAAAAGCAGCAGCAGCAGCACUACUAUAGAAGCAGUAGCAGCAGUAGCAGCAGCAGCAGCAGCAGCAUUAGCACCAGGCAGCAGUAGCAGUAAUUCGCCGCGCGUAUCCGCACUGUUCUCGCAAGGAGCUAGCUCUAAAACAUGGCGGAUUGCAAGGGGAGCAGUGACGAGUCCGAGACAAACCAGACACCAAAAAUGAAAAUCGAUAGCCCCGAAGAAUCCAACGACAAUUCUAAUAAUGAUGAAAGUGAGAAGGUUUUGAGCGAUAAAGAUUCAGACAAUUCUUCAUCCUCUAAUAGUCUUUUCAGAGAAUCGAGAAAGAUAAAACCCCAAGUCACACUUUGGGCUCCGGAUCAUUUUUCUGUUUCAUCUUCUGAUUCGCCGUCUAAAUCAUCAUCUAUCAAAUUAAGGGGUUCUCUAUUGAGACCAUCCGCUCUUAGUGCAGUUGCCAAUAGUUCUACUUCUCCGCCAAAAAGCAGUGCUGAAACAACUAAAAUAAGUAAUCCUUUUGCAAAAGUUGAUAAAAAGUCAGAUGAUGAGUCAGAAGAUAAAGCUCAAAAGGUGUCCAAUGAAGACAAUAAAACAGGUGAAUCAGAAAAACCCAGUGCAGAAGAAAAAAACACAGAGCAGCCAAAAUUUUUGCCUUUGAAUAAUACGUCAAACAAAGACGCUGAACCUUCCACUGUGAGUAGUACGCUUGCUUCUGGCACAUCCGCUCCAAGUUUUGUUUUUGGCCAAAAUUUGAAAGAUCGUGUAGCAAAGACAGCAGAGGAAGAUAGUUCAGAGAAAAAAGAAGAAUCAGUGGAAGCUGCAAGUGAAAAUGGAUCAUCAGAAUUAAUGUUUUCAAAUGCAGCUACUGUGUGUAAAUCUACUAGUAACAAUGAUAAGCCGGACAAAACAUUGUCAGAAGCUGCUCAAGAAAUGGAAGAAGCUACCAGAGCUAAUAAAAGAAAGUAUGAUGAAGUUGCUUUACUGACUGGGGAGGAGGAUGAAAUAAAUGUGUUGCAAAUUAAUUGUAAAUUGUUUGCUUUUGACAAGGCAACAAGUAGUUAUCAAGAACGUGGUCGUGGUUCUUUGCGUUUAAAUGACCGCGACGAUGAAUCACGUCUGAUAGGUCGAGCAGCUGGUACACAACGUCUUGUUCUCAACACUAAAGUAUGGCCAGGAAUGACUGCUGAACGAGCAGGAUCUAAAUCUCUUCGCAUAACAGCAAUGGAUAUACAAGGUGACGUGCGCAUAUUUGUUGUACAAGCAGCCCAAAAAGAAAUUGAACAACUGCAUGCCUUACUUUUGAGUCGACUAAGACGUGCAAAAGAGCGUCAAACCAAAAAGCCAGCAACAGAAAACUAAAUAUGUGAUUGUGUGUGUAUCAAAUAACUCAAAAACUAUUUUAUGCUGUAGAGAUGUGUACUUUCUAGAGCAAUUUGGUGGUAUAGUGACAUUGUGAAUUAGCUUUGACUAUGCAAAAAUAGGGGUCAAUUACUUUCAAAAAGUGGCUAUUAAAAUUUUUGUUUGAUUAAAGCAGAAUGUGGUUGAAAGCAAUA